GUGCGGGGAACCCUUGCCCCAACAGGGACAGCGCCUGCGCCCCACGCCGCAGCGGUGUGAAUUAUUGAGGCGGGUAGGAGCAUCGCCCCGGCCUUCCUCUGCCUCUUCCUCGUCCCCUUGGGCCGGUGCCAGCGGGUGGGACGGCUCCGGUUUCUGCCAAGUCACGGCGGGGCGCGGGGACCUUGGUGGCGUCACGUGGGCGCCGGGCGGCCCUUAAGGCGCGCGGGCAGCGGGCGGGCGGGCAGCAGAUCCGGAGCGCACCCGCAGCCAUGAGCGUCCCCAUCGCCAAGUCCUUCUACGACCUGAGCGCCACCUCCUUGCAGGGGGAGAAGGUGGACUUCAACGUCUUCCGGGGCCGCGUGGUCCUCAUCGAGAACGUGGCGUCGCUCUGAGGCACCACGGUGCGGGACUACACCCAGCUCAACCAGCUGCAGGCUCGCUACCCGCGGCGGCUGGUGGUGCUGGGCUUCCCCUGCAACCAGUUCGGCUACCAGGAGAACGGCACCAACGAGGAGAUCCUCAACUGCCUCAAGCACGUGCGGCCGGGGGGCGGCUUCGAGCCCAACUUCACCCUGUUCCAGAAGUGCCAGGUGAACGGGCAGGACACCCACCCCGUCUUUGCCUACCUGAAAGCCCACCUGCCCGCCCCGGUGGACGAGCCUGACCACCUGAUGACCGAGCCCCGCUUCGUGGUGUGGAGCCCCGUGCGGCGCUCCGACAUCUCCUGGAACUUCGAGAAGUUCCUGGUGGGCCCCGAGGGGGAACCUUUCCGCCGCUACAGCCCCCGCCUGCCCACCGCCCAGCUGGAGCCCGACAUCCAGCGCCUCCUCAAGCUGGCCAAGUAGGGCUGUCCCCCCCCCCCCGGGGACGGCCCCAGCCCUCCGCCGGGUGACGGCCCCCUCUGAAACCCCCGUGGGGAGGGGGCCCGAUGUGGCGGCGAGCCGGGGCCACCGGGGUGGUGGGCGCCCGGAUGGGAUCGGCUGCAAUAAAGGAGCAGGAAGGAGCG